AUGCCGAAGGAGCAGAUCCGAAAGCGCGGAAAGCGCAAGCCGAAGACUGAGCAGGGGGCGCCUGCCCCUGCUCCUACUACCGAGUUCGACGCUCCGCCGGCUCCUGCCGCGGAGCCUGAGUCGAUCGGCGGCAUCCACCCUUCCCGACUUGCCAUCCUGAAGCGAACCGGCGGCGCGAGCCAGCAGGCCGUUACGACCCAGACCGAGGAGCAGACCGCCGAGCUCGACCACCGACCAGAGGAAGAGCAGCCGGAGGAGGGAGCCGCUAACUGGACCCGCGUGUACGAUCCCGAUUUCCCGUUCGGUGUCCUCGACCCGGAUGUUAAGGCAUACUUCCGGAAUCUGGAGGACCAGAUCAAGGACUGGGAGGGCGCCGGCGCUGCUGGAGAGGAGCGUGAAGAUGUUCCUGAGCAGCGUGCUGCAGGAAUUGCGCGGACACGAGCUGCAGGUCGCCACGGACCCCGAGAGAAGUGGGAGACUCUGCUUACGCAUCGUUUCGGAAGUCACAUUGUGCAGACCUGGAUGACGCUCGCCGCCUCCACUCUCGAUCGCGAGACCCGCGGUAUCUACCCGCCGCAACAGAAGAAGCAGGAGAAGAACCCGGAAGAGGGUGUUCUCCCGACGAUGGCCGAGCUUAUCACCUCGCUUACGACGACCUUGAUCCCCAGCUUCCCCUCGCUCCUGACGAACACUCACGCCUCCCCGCCUCUCCGACUCCUCCUGCUCGUCCUCACUCCCAAUCGCGCUCUUCCUUCGCUCGAUGCCAGUGAGGGUGACGGUGGCCUUGUUCGUUCCAAGCGUUCCGGCAAGUUCAGGAAGGGCCAGGGCGUGCAGGGCAAGUCGAUUCUCGGCGACGAGGAGCAGAAGCCGACAGACCGACAAGUGCCCGAGUCGGUCGCUGCGCUGCGGAAGAAGGUCCGCGACGAGGUGAUGCAGCGCAUCUCUCCGGUAGAGUGGCACGGCAUGGGCGUGAACAAGGUCGGAAGUGCCGCCGUCCAGCUCUUCCUGGAGGCCGAAGCUGAGGAUGGCGACAGCGAGAAGGAGGGCAGCCUGCUCGACAUUAUCACGGAGGGCCUUGCGUCGAACCCCAAAGACAGGGAGCAGAAGCCGUACCUGUACUCGCUUCUGGUGUCGCCGACGGGUACCCGCCUGUUCGAGGCUGUGCUCUCGGUCGCGCCGAAGAAGAUCUUCAAGGCCCUGUGGAAGACAUACUUCCGCAAAAAGCUCGGCAAGUUUGCUUCCCACCCGUACGCCAACUUCGUUGUCGCCAAGGGCGUCUCGCGUCUCUCAGCCGACGGCCUCAGCGAGGCGAUCGCCGAGGUCCAGUCUGUCGGUGGUGGAAAGGCCCUGAUCAAGACGGCGCGCACAAGCGUGCUCGUCGCUUUCGCAGAGCGCGCGACUGCGCUCGGCAAGGGCGGUGACGAGGUCAUGGGCCUGGUCAAGAGCGCGACCGAGCUGCCCGAGGGAAACAACGAUCUCGUGCCCGCGCUCAUGGCGCUGAAGACGGUCCCGACGUAUGAGGCGAUCAAGAACGGCGAGGAUGUUCCCGAGGACGGCGAUGACGCCGAGCGGGAGAAGGACGAGGAUGCGGAGGCCGCUUUUGAGGCAGCGCAGCGCCGCAGUGCGUGGGAGAACCGCCGAAACGCGAGGCCCCGCGGCGCCCUCGACCCGAACAUGCAGGGCUGCCUUCUGCUGCAGGCGCUGGUUGACAUGCCGGACUCCACGGAGGUGCUCGAGAGCCUCUUCGCUCAGCCCGUUGACGCUCUUCUGGCUUACGCGUCGUCGCCGAUCGCUUCGCGUCUCCUCGACCGUGUGCUGCUCUCUGCCAAUGUGCCGCCCAAGUACAAGCGCAAGCUCCCGCUUGCCUUUGUUGGCCACUACCUCGAGCUGGCGUCUGACCGCCUUGGAUCUCGUGUCGCGGACACGAUCUGGGCGACCGCGGACGGCUUCCUGCGUGAGAAGAUUGCGCGCUCCCUCAUUCCGAGUGCGACCCAGCUCGCCGCCGACGCCUACGGAAGGUUCAUGGCGAAGAAGCUCGAGCUGCACCUGCUCCAGCGUCGACCGGACGAGUGGCGCGAGAAGCAGCUUGGUCUGAAGCACCACUUUGCGCACCAAAAGGAGGCGCGCCAGGCUGCCGACCAGCAGGAGGAGGAGCAGCCCGAGGAGGAAGAGCCGAAGAAGAAGGAGAAGAAGAGGAAGGGAGACGAGAUUGACGAGGUCUUCGGCAAGCUCGAGAAGAAGAGGAAGAACAAGUAG